AUGAGACACUCUUCUGCGAGGAAGCUGCGCGCGCCACGGUAAAAAUGAGGAGGAUUUUGUUCUGGGUAGACUUGCAGUGAGACAUCUUUCACUCUCACUCUCUCUCUUUCAGUGUUCAAGCUAGUAAGUUUGAAAGUUGCUUAAUGUGUCUUAACACGCAUUAAAAUGUAUCGUGGGUUUAUUUCGACGAUGUAUAUAAUGUGGCAGGCAGCACCUUGCUGCUGUUGACUGCAGCUCUCCCUCCUCCUCUAACCCCUCUCUUCCCCUAACCAGGUCAGCUGAAUAAAACGCAGCAGCUCACCUGCAGUCGGCCUUCUGCUCUGCUCGGAGUGCUGGUGAGUAGGGUGGCUGGUAACUUUUAAUCUUUAGAGUUUUAUGAUUGCUUUUAACAGCAUGUCCUUUUUGUUUAUAGGUGGUAGACCUGCUGCUGUUUUGUUGCCCCCAUUAACUGUCGUUAUUUUUGCCUGUUUACUUUGGUUGUUUCUGCCCUUUUGAUUGGUUUCCCCCCUUACUUGGUUUGUUUCUACCUCUAAGUUUGGUUGUUUUACCCAGUUACUCCCCCAUUAGUUUGCAUUCUGUUCUUAGUUACCCUUAGUUGCUUUUCUCCUUAGUGAUUCUAGUUUUACCAACUGGGUUCGCUGUUGCUGGUUUGUUUGUUUCUUUGGUUAAUCCUUUUAUUUUAUUUCAGAAGUUGAGCCCACUAGUUUGGGAGGCUAGGCACCCCGGGUGAGGGCCCUCCACCUUUGCAUGAGUUUGACACGGGGUCACAAGACUACACCAAUUUGUUUCUUUUUUUGAAGGUUAUUUUAAGUUAACUUAGUUUGGGUUUCUUUGAUUUAGUUUAAGUUGGGUUUAUUGUACAUUUUAACUGUUUUUAACUUUUGUAGAAGGCCUUGUUUUAAAUUAUUAUAGAAAUAAAAUUAACUUUCUUGACCCUUAUCUGUGUUUUGUUAUGUUGUUUUAACUUUAUCCCUUUCUUUCCCUCCUAGGUUAAAUUUCUCAGUUAUAUUUAAGUUUAACUUCAUUUUUGAUCUAAAACAUUUUGAAAUAUUUUGAACUCUGUCUCUGCCUCUUUCAGAAUUUACCUGUGUUGCCUUAUUCUUAUUUUAGCUUCCUGUUAUGAUUUUAGUCUGAAAGUACAGUUUCCUGGGGUGCAAGUCCCCAGGUGGUGUUGCUGGUUGGAGACAAUAUCAUCUAAUUGUGAACAAAAUGGCACCCUUUGCCACAAUAACUUUUACAGUUGGGUUUGGUCGAUAAAAGUGACGCUAAAAAGGGAGGGAGGGACCACCCCGCUGUUUCUGUUCGACAUAUUGCCCUAUUGCCCCGUUUCAGGCCUGUUUGAACUGUUCAUGUUGUUUUAUAUUAUUUUUCAUACAAAAAAUAAUAAUAAAAAGGGAUGGCCUGUGUGCUGAGGACAUACCACGCCGCUGUUUCAGUAUAUGUGUAUGACAUAUUUGCCCUCUUGUUGUGUUUCAGGAAGUGCAACUUGACUUCAGGGAUGCCGUGUUGGUCGACCUGUGGAUCCUCAUAGCUGAUGAAAGUAAAAAAAGAGAACAAUCCAAUCCAGCACCACCAUUCAAAGAUCAAAAUGCAGUCAUCAAUCCCUCUUUAUGAACUAGCCCUAAUGUCAGCUUCAGAUAGAAGACUCUCCAGGACAGGUGAUUUCUGCACAGUGGGACUUCAUGUUCGAGAGCGGACAAUGCUUUUCAUUAGCCCAGACUGCAGGAGAGAGGUUGGACUAGCCCGAGCUCUUGUGAUUGCAGUCGAAGCUCUCCUUCACCUGCCUGUAGAGUCAGAGGUCAGUGGUGCAUUGUUAAACGCUAUCCUGACGAUAGGCAUUCACAGCCCUGAUAACUUCCUAGCUGAAGUAAGUAAAAAAAAUGGAGUGCCCCUCCACAUCACACCCCAUGGUGAUCCAGCGAGGACUCCUUGUAGUUAAAGACAACAAUGAUCCCUUAGCUGCAACCCUUGGUAGAGCCAUGGCACAGGCCGCUACAGCCUUCAACCAAAGGAGAUUGGAAAGUGUGCGUAAUCCUGGUGCACUAAAUUGUGCCAACCUUACUCCAGACAUUAUUCUGGCCUCAGUUUGUGCUUUUACGUUUGCACUGGCGAUCAAAGCAGUGUCCUGCUACAACUCGGCCAUCGACAAUGCUCUGACUCGAAUCGGGGUUAUGGUUGACGGUGGGUCUGCACACCUUGAUCAGUCUUACCUCUUGAGCAGGCGGAUGAUGACAACGUUGGCCCAACUUAUCCGUGGUCAGAUGACGGUCAGAUGGGUGGUGGUUGGCUUGUCACUGCAAGUAGAACUUCAACACACCAAACCCUGGAUAAAAGUGGUCAAGUACUUGUCAGAGUACGUGCAGGACACAGGCAUAGCAGUGUUCGUCCUGAUUAGGGAUCUGCUACUCCAAAAAGUGCCAGAGCUAACAUUUUACAUUUUCAAUUGUGAAUUAACUCGCUUUAAAGAAGCCUGCGUAGCAUAUGUUGAGCUGAAGGAAUACGGCCCGUAUGUGAGAUUCCUCGAGCGUCCUGAAGCCAUAUUGUUCCAGGCGGGCAGAUUUCCAAACCUGGUUCAGUUCAUGCGUGGAUUCGCAUCAGAGUUCAAUCCAAGAGCUGUUGAUCUUCUCACAGGAGGUGGUGUUCAAGUACCAGCAAUCUAUAAUUUGGGGGUUCGUGCCGGCAGAAGAGCAGCAGCAAACCGUUAA